AUGUCAUCCGACGGCAAAGAAGCUCACAAUAUCGACGGUGUCGCUAUUGACUUUAUUAACGAUGGAGAUGAUGAGAGAGGAAACGCAGCUGAUCGCGCGGAUAUGUACCGUAUGGGAAAAGUACAGGAAAUGAAAAGAAACUUUCGGUUCUUAACCAUAUUUGGCUUCUCUAUGAUUCUCAUGGCAUCGUGGGAGUUUUCCUUGAGCGUUGCUACCAUCGGGCUCAUUAAUGGCGGCACCGCUGGCUUGAUCUGGAUGUUCUUUAUCUGCUGGAUGGGGUUCCUCUUGGUGAACACGACAAUGGCGGAAAUGGCUUCGAUGGCACCCACGUCUGGAGGGCAAUACCACUGGGUAUCCGAGUUCGCGCCACCGCAGCAUCAAAAGUUCAUCAGCUACCUGAUGGGGUGGAUGUGUGUGCUUGGCUGGCAGACGUCGUGUGCCUCUUCCGCAUUCAUUGCCGGUACUCAGAUCCAAGGCCUUGUCGUUCUCAACUACCCCGAAUACGUCCCUAAGCUCUGGCACGGCACGCUCCUAACCGUGGCUGUUGCCGCCUUCUCGGUGUCUUUCAACACUGUCCUUGCGAGGAAGCUACCGUUAAUCGAGGCCCUGAUUCUCGUUAUUCACGUCUUUGCCUUCUUCGGCAUCCUCGUCACUCUCUGGAUUCUUUCCCCAACGGCAGACGCUAGGGCUGUCUUCACAGAAUUCAGCGACGGCGGAGGUUGGGGCAGCUUGGGAGGAUCGACUCUUGUGGGAGUCCUUGCAGGCAUUCUGCCACUGCUUGGAGCGGAUGCUGCCGUCCACAUGUCCGAAGAGCUGCGUGAUGCUAGUCGUACUCUGCCUCGCUCCAUGAUCUUGACUACUAUCUUCAACGGGGCGCUUGGAUGGAUCAUGGUAAUCACGUUUGCCUUCUGCAUAGGGGACCUGGAGGAGGUUAUUACAUCUCCGACUGGUUAUCCCUUUAUGCAAGUCUUCUAUAACACGACCAAGUCAGCAAGCAGUGCCACCGCAAUGUCAGUGUUCGUGGUAGCGAUGUCGCUCUUCUCCAAUCUUACGAUGGUGGCCACAGCGUCGCGCCAGCUCUUCGCUUUUGCACGAGAUCAUGCAGUCCCGUUCAGCCCCUGGUUUUCCAGCAUCAGAGCAGGAUGGGACGUGCCAUUCAAUGCGAUCUUGACAACCUUCCUGAUUUCAACCCUCCUUUCGUUAAUCAAUAUCGGCUCGGCUGUUGCCCUGAACUCGAUUACUUCAUUAGCAACCACGUCGCUGCUCUCCAGCUAUAUUGUUUCGACAGGCUGUAUGAUAUGGCGUCGAUGGACAAAGAGUCCCCUGCUACGAUCCAAAUUCAGCCUUGGUCAAUGGGGUCUUCUUAUCAAUAUCGCAUCUGAGGCCUUCCUUAUCAUCAUCUUCGUCUUGGCGUUCAUGCCGGGUAAUCCCAACCCAACGCCAUCCCAGAUGAAUUGGAAUAUAGUAAUUUAUGGUGGAGUCUCCUUGUUCUCUUUGGCGUACUACUUUAUCCGUGGCGCUCAACGCUAUGAAGGUCCAGUUGCCUAUGUUAGACGUCUUUGA